CUGCCAUUCAAUGUAGCUGGUGUUGAUAUCUAUGAGCACCGUGUAUCUCAGAGAGUUGACAUACGUCAUAGGAACAAUGCUAACUCACCAACUGGCAUCUAUCGCUGUGAUAUUCCAACUAAUGAUGUCAAUGAUGAUGAUGACAUCUCAGUGAGAGACACAGUCUAUGUGGGACUGUAUACUGACAGUGGAGGUAAUGUCUUGAUACCUGGUGGUUUGAGAUUUACCAACCUCAAUGAAGCCAGUCCUCAGUUCACCCUCACCAGUAUCUCCACUGGUGGACCUGCUACCACUGUCACUUGGACCAGAGACUCCACCACUGUCACCCAAGGAACUGUGACUGUGUUGAAUGACCCAGUGACUGCACAGUACACCCACACUCUGACUGUGGCUGGGAGACAGGGAGGACUGUACAACUGUACUGUAAGCAAUAAUAAACCAUCUAUGGUCUCUGGAACGUUGACUGUGAGAGUUGCCUCAGCUCCUACUAAUCUGAUGUUUGAGGUUCAAAAUGAUGGUACUAGUGUCCUACUGACCUGGACCCCACCUGAUCCACUGGGAGACACCACUGGCUACACCAUUUCCUACACUGGAGGAGGCAGCAGUCGUAGUGUAGAUGUCAGUAGUGGCGAUACCAACAGCUACACUCUGACUGGUCUUAUAAGAGGGGAGAUGUAUGACAUAUCUAUUGUAGGC